AAUUGAAACAGUUGGAGCGUAAGCACGCUUCGAUUUGCAAUUCCAAUUUAAAUAAUGGGCAAAUUAGUGUUGUAUGGCUUGGAGGCGAGUCCACCGGUGCGUGCCUGUAAGCUGACACUUCACGCCCUGGGUCUUCAGUAUGAUUACAAGCUGGUUAAUCUGCUGGCUGGUGAGCACAAGAGCAAGGAGUACACUCUGAAGAAUCCACAGCAUACGGUACCCCUACUGGAGGAUGAUGGAAUCUGCAUUUGGGAUUCGCAUGCGAUAAUGGCGUAUCUGGUGCGUAAAUAUGGCAAGACGGAUGAACUGUAUCCCAAGGAUUACUACAAGCGUGCCGUUGUCGAUCAACGCCUCCACUUCGAUUCGGGCGUCAUAUUCCAGGGCUGCAUUCGUGAGAUUGCCCUGCCGGUAUUCCAUCAUAAUCAAACGGAAGUGUCGAAGAGCAAAAUUGAUGGCAUCUACAGCAUGUACGAUUUCCUCGAGGCGUUCCUCGGCACCCAAGAAUAUAUGACUGGUGCCACAUUGACAAUAGCUGAUUUCAGUUAUGUGUCCUCUGUGUCCGGCCUAUUGGGUCUGGCGCCCGUCCAGGAGCAACGUUAUCCACGGCUAAGCGCCUGGCUCGAGCGGAUGGAGCAGCUGCCCAACUAUCGGUCAAGUAAUGGCAACGGCGCACAAAUGUUAAUUGAUAUGUUGGCCGCAAAGAUCACAAAAGUUAACUGAUUGCAACUAUAUUAAUAUAAUAAUGUAUUAAAAAUUACAUAAUAAAUCUCACCGAUUUACGUCUUGUUUUAUUGCAAAA